AUGGGUUCUCUGCAGGGGAAUUGGCCUUCCCGCGAUCCCCACAACUUCAGCCAGCUCCGGCCUGCCGAUCCUGCUGAACCGUCUGUACGCUCUCACAAACCAUCUCCAUUUCUCGCCCCUGAUCUAAAGAAACCUUUAUUCUCUUGAGCGCGAAGCUUCCUCCUAUUUCGAAGAAUGUUGUGCAUGUUUGUUGAAGUUUCGGAAAAUGUCAUUGAUGGUGAAAUGAUCUACGUCGGGCUUCCGUUCCUUUUUCAAGUUUUUGAGGGAAGUCUGAGCAGGAUACUGAUACUACUGUGACGAAGAAUGGCAAGAAAAAUAGGUUGAUUCUAGGAGAGAAACGUAGUUAUUCAUUUGAACUUGUGAUAAUAAAUUCUCACAGAAGGUAGUUAUUGAAAGUUUUCAUUGAAGGUGGCAGACUGUGAUGAUGCUCUGCAAUGAAGACUCUAAUUAAACUAAGGAAAAUAGGGAUUGAGGUGAGUGUGCCUGCAAGUAUGAGUUGAAAGCAUAGGAACAGAUACGUUUGAAUCAGGAGCCCCCAAUCUUCCUUUCCACGAUUUUUUUUUUCAAUUUCCUUUUCUUGUUUUGGGAUUUUUUUAAUAUCAAUGGGAAAUACAUCAUAUGCUCGAAUCAAAGGCCUUUGGUAAUUUCAAUUUAGGAAUCACAUCCAUUAUUUACCUUCAUCUUGGUUUGACACUUGAUGCUGGGAGAUAUCCCUCCUUGGCGGUAACUCUACGAACACCAAUUGCCAGCGAGCUCGUGAUGGGAUUAAAUUUCUGCUUCUUAUGGUGGGAUUCCCCUCUAUUUCCUAUUUUAGUGCUUCAACCAAUGAAUUCUUACACAAAUCAGAAAAUCUUCUUCCUUCUGGUUACUAUCUUAGUUAGAUGUAUGAUAUCAUCCCCUCAACCUCCACCCAAUCUUCACAAGCGUUCUAUGACUUGUAAAUGCUGGGUUUCAACGGGGGAUGAACUAAAAAUCUACUACAAUCCAAGAAAUCAAGAUAUGCGCCUGCAGAACUUCUGAAGACAGAUUCAGUACCUUCUUUCAUCAUUCUAAUCUAGAAAAUGCAAGGGAGGUUUCUCUCACGUUGUGGCCUUUUAACUUAUGCCUGAAAUAGGUGUAUUCUUGAAGAAGGCCUGAAAGAAUUCUUUAAUGAUCUUGUAACCCACGAAGGAAAAAUAAAGGGAAGUGGGACAUCAAGUAAUUAAUAAGAUGCAGACUAAAUCCACACGCGGAUAAGAUGCCUAAAUAAAUGAAAAGUAGUCGUAGGUUUUACUUACCUUACGAUGCCAAUUCCUCAUAGCCUCCUGAAAUAAGCCAUUUUUAUACCUCCUGCAGUGUGAUUGGUUAUUUGUUUUCACCAUGAAGUGGAUUGAAUUUUUAUUUUGGAGUAUUAUUGUCCCAGAUCACUCCAAUUCUGUUCUGCUAGCAUAAACAGUUCAGUUUUACGAACACCAGGAAGUUUCAUUUCCCUGUCUUGGGUUGACUUCGUCUACUGACCAGUUCCAUCUCCCAUUUGAAUCCCAUAUUGUUUCUAAUGUAGGGAUUCUAAAGCACUUUAUUUGGUCAGUUGAUUUUGACGCAAACCAAACAGUAAUAAACAGUGGGGAAAAUUUUCUGUCUCAUCAAUUCAUGGAAAAAAUGCUGGUUAUAUACUUAACCAAAUUAGGAAACUGACCAACAACCUAACCAACAUUGGAAAUUGAUCAACAAUAGGUAAGUGGCCAAGUUUUGAAAUUGACCAACGUCCUAACCAGCAUAGGAAACGGACCAACAAACUAACCAACGUAAGAAACUGAUCAACAACCUAUCCCUUAAUUAUGCGCUUGUUCCCACAGAUUGGGGAGACAUUCCAUUCGUCUUCUUGAUGCAAUCACCUAUACAACUGCCUUGUCAAAUUAUUUCCCACAGAUCACAGUUCAUUUGGUGAAGCUUCCUAGUCGCUGAAAAUUUUAUUUUUUUGGGUGUCCUAAUAAAACUUAAUUCAUUUUUGAGGGAGGGGAUUCAGUAUUAUUUGACGUUCAUCAUGCUGCUGGUUAUAUCAUCUUCCAAUCUCUGUGUGAUUAGCCAUCUAUUUUAUUUCAAUUACGCUUAACUUUCUUUUCAAAAUUUACAAUGUCACCAGUAAACAUGUACUUAUUUCUAAAGUUCUCUUUAACAGAAUAAGCAUGAACUGUUGUAUUAAUGCUGCUGGUAUAUCCAAUCUCUGUGUGAUUAGCCAUCUAUUUUGUUUGAUUAUGUUUUUUUUUCAAAAUGUACAAUGUUACCAGUAAACAUGUACUUAUUUUCUAAAGUUCUCUCUAACAGAAUGAGCAUGACUUGUUUUAUGUCUCUUUGCAGAAUUUGACACCCAUUACGUAUCACCCUACUCACAACCGAACCCUUCCACCACCUAACCAAGGUACUUCUCUUUUGGGGAAAUAAUCCUUGAGGAUUUUUUUAUUCUGCAUGCUUGGAAUAAAGUAAAUUUUCUCUGCUGGGAAAGAAUCCUUCCUUCAAAACUUUAUGCUUCCAAAUGCUGGGUGGAAAUAAACAAGCUAGAAAGCUGCUUCUUGGAGUAAAUUCUUCUCUUAUUCGGUCCAACUAGUUACGAACAAAAACUCGUCAUUAUUCAAAUUUAGUCUAUUUUUUGAAGGAUGCCAUGCAUCUGGUGGAGAUUUGGUUUGAGUUCUGCACGAGUGUUUGUUUAAUAUUCUUCUAGGCCAUCAAAUGGUUAAUAGUUUUUAGCCGCCAAUGGAAUCUUAGCUCGUAUUCUUUUACCCAAGUAUUUUAUCAAGGUUUUUUCCUGGGCAGGGGAAAAUAGUCUUUAAAUAGUUGUAGUGGACAAAGGGGGAGGGAAGGAGGGAGGAGAGAGAGAGAGAGAUCUUGGAAGGGAUUAGUCAAAAUUUUAAGAAAAGAUGGCUAAUAAUUGCAGCAUGAUCUCUAAGUUCAUCCUUUCUACAUAACAACGAUCUUAAAACGUCAUGUUAACUUGGAUGUUCGCCGGGCCAUGUGGGGCUUCACCUUUAUUUGGCAUUUAAUCCUGAUUCGGAAAUAUCUCGUGUAAUAUCGUAUCUUUCUUGCGCUUGGUGAUUAAAAAUUCCUAAUUAUAUAAUAUAUCUUUUUCCCUUCCCAGUGAUAUCUACCGAAGAGACAAACAUUCUUCUGCGGCAGUUCUAUCAAAGAGUGGAUGAGAAGGUACCAGCCUGCUUGAAGGGAUCUUAAAGCUGUGCAGCCUGCUUCCUUAUUCACGCUCAUGGGUCCAGUCCUUGCAGAUGAGGACAAAGAGAGCUGCUCCAGACAACCUCGGACCCAAUCAUGGCGCCAAGCUGCCCAGGGGUUCCUCUGGAGAAGGUCCCAGCUGA